UGAAUAAGAAAACAUCGAAACAAUAGAGGAAGGGAAAAUUAUUUUGAUUUCCUUGUUCUUCACAGCAGUCUCUAACGAGUAUGUAAUUUAAUUGAAUGUCUUACAAUGGCAAUAAAUUCAGGGAGCUGCGAUAGCUUAAACCGAAAAAUGGAACCCAAACUUAAAUAUUGUCGAAUGGGUAAUGACGUUCAAAAUAUACUCUUGAAAGACGCUGUAAGCUGUAUUUGCGUUCAUACGAAGUUUAUUUGCCUCGGAACUCAGUGGGGAGUAAUUCACUUACUAGAUCACGAAGGUAAUACAGUGCCUAUAUCUCAAGACAACAAUCAAAAAGAUCUGCAAGCUCAUGCUAUCGCAGUGAACAAAAUAUCAGUGGACGUGAAUGGAGACUACAUCGCCAGCUGCUCAGACGACGGCAAAGUGUUGGUGUAUGGUCUUUAUACUGAUGACAAUACUCAUAAUUUAACUUUAGGAAGAGUUGUGAAGUCUGUUGCUUUGGAUCCUUAUUAUUUUAAAUCUGGUUCUGGAAGAAGAUUUCUUACAGGUGAUAACAAGUUAACACUGUAUGAGAAAACAUUCUUAAACCGCCUACGUAGCACAGUUCUAUGCGAGUGCGAGGGCUAUGUGCAGGCAAUAGCUUGGCACGAUCGUUUCGUAGCCUGGGCCAGCGAGGUCGGUGUGCGAGUGUACGACCUCGUCGCGAGAUGUUCACUAGGUCUCAUCCAAUGGGAGAAAAAUCCCAACCGAUCCAUUGAAGAUUUCCGUUGUAAUCUUCUUUGGUCGGCACCUAAAACUCUUAUGAUUGGAUGGGUCGAUACAAUUCGAAUAUGUGUUAUACGUAAGAGAAGUCAAAUCGAACUGCAAACGCGCGACGUUACCGAAUACCUCAUAGACCCGGUGCACACUUUUCAGACAGAUUCGUACAUUAGUGGUUUAGGGCCACUCGAUGACCAACUUGUAAUUCUGGGUGUUCCGAAAGAGAAUGAUCCUGAAACCGAAAAGUCACAAAGACCAGUGCUCUCAGUGGCCGAAUACAAAGACUGUGAGUUCUGUGAAAUUGCUAGUGAUAGUCUCACCAUUCGGGGUUACGAGGAGUAUAAUUGUAAUGAUUAUUAUUUGGAUAUGCUUAUAGAAGAGAAUAGAUUUUUCAUAGUAUCUCCUAAAGACAUAGUUAUCGCAAGUCCUUACGAUAUUGAUGAUAGAGUCAACUGGUUAACCGAGAAUGGAAAGUUUGAAAAGGCGAUAUCAGUCCUCGAAGAAGUUGGUGGUAAAACGUCCAAACAUUCCGUAGUUACAGUGGGUGUGCAGUAUUUGGAUCAUUUAAUAUCAGAACAUCUUUUUGAAGAGGCGGCAAUUCUCUGUGCGAGAAUAUGUAAAAACGAUAAAGUUUUGUGGGAAAAUCAAAUUCUGAAAUUUGCCGAAGUCAAUCAAUUACGUGCUAUCAGUUCCUAUGUACCAAGAAUACCAGAACAGGCUCUUAGUUCUCAUAUAUAUGAACUUAUUUUCUAUGAGUACCUUAAAGUCGACCCGAAUGGGUUCCUAAAACUGGUUCAGGAGUGGAACCCUGCUUUAUAUAAGACAGGUAUAAUUGUCAAGGAAGUAUUAGAACACUUGUUGACAACUGAGGUUGACAAAAAUAUAUAUUUAGAGGCCUUAGCGUUGCUGUAUUGCUACCAAAAGAAGUACGAUAAAGCUUUGACUACGUACUUAAAAUUACAGCACAAAGAUGUGUUCACAUUAAUCACGAAACAUAACAUGUACUCGGUGAUAUAUGACAAAAUAUUUGAUCUGAUGAACCUUGACUGUGAUAAAGCAAUCUCAGUACUAUUGCAAGACAAGACCAAAGUUCCUUAUGAAGUCGUCGAAAAACAACUUGAAAAUAACGAUGAAUACUUAUUUAAAUAUCUCGAUGCCUAUAGCAAAGUCGAACCGAGCGGACGAUAUCAUGGCAAACUUGUUGCACUUUACGCAAAAUAUGCUCGCAAUAAAUUAUUACCUUUCCUAAAAUGCAGUGAUAACUAUCCAAUACAAGAAGCUCUUAAUGUAUGCCAAAGCAACAAAUUUUACCCUGAAAUGGUUUUCUUACUCGGUCGCAUUGGCAACACCAGAGAAGCUUUGCAAAUUAUAAUAGAAAAAUUGAAUGAUAUUAACCAAGCCAUCAACUUCUGCCAAGAACAUAAUGAUAAAGAACUGUGGACUGAUCUUAUCAUGCACACCGUUGGCAAGCCGGAAUGUGUUACAUUGCUUCUCAAGAGAAUAGGAAAUUACGUGGACCCGAGAAUGCUUAUAGAAAAUAUACAAUCUGGUUGCGAAAUAAAGGACUUAAAGGAUUCGUUGGCGAAAAUGAUGUGCGAUUACCACUUACAGAUGUCUGUGCAGGAAGCCUGUAAAGUUAUCACUCUAAGAAAUUACUUCGACUUACACGAGAAACUGAUCAUCAAUCAGCAAAGAGGAAUAUCAGUUACCGAUGAGUUCCUGUGCAGUGUGUGCCAAGGACGCAUUAUAAUAAGAGAUCUAUCCAACGCUUCGGACUUAAUAGUGUACAAUUGUCGGCAUUCGUUCCACAUAGAAUGCCUGCCGGACGGAGUGGAGUGUAAUCAUUGUAGUGUCUGUAGUGCCGUCAAAAUGUGAUCUGCUCAAAUAUAACCAAUAGAUAGGACAGUGUAUAUUAAAUUUAAUAGUAUUCAUAUAAAUUGUGUACCUUAUCAUAAUAAUGUCAAUGUUAAUCAUAAAAUUUAGUUUAUUUAUAUAAAUAAUGUUAUCACAUAAUAAUUAUGGUGCUUUUAUAAUGAGGUUACGUGAAUAUUUUUCCUUAUGUAACUGAAAUACUAAAUAAUAACAUUCAUUAAACCCUACAGUUUGGUCACUUUGAUAAAAAUACUAACCGAAAACCUUUUUUGUUGUUUUAAACUCAUUAAUGUCUGAACCUUAUCAUAAAGGCAUGUUGGAAAUAUACAAAAUUACGCUAGAAUGACGAAACAAAAGCUUAUUGUUUUUAAUAUUUUGUUCUCGACUCAAUAUUUAUAUUAAUACGUACAUACAAAUUUACAUAAUAGUAUGUUUUGAAAAGCCAUUUUUAUCUUUUUUUCCAAAAUCCAUUCCAUUCUGGAACUAUUACUCUAAAAUACUGAUAAUCUAAAAAAAACUGAAAGACAGAGGCUUUUGUCAUAUAUAAAUCUUCGCAAAUAUCACAGAUUAGGCAAAUAUUAAUCAACCUCGUAAUCCUACAUACAAAUUCAAUAUUAUUAUGAGAUGUUAACUACAACAAAAUUAUUAUCGGAUACAUUUGAAAAAAAAACACGUGGCAUAGAACAGCGAUAAUUCUGAUCUUUGUUCCUUUCAUUCUCAUUCUUCAAACAACAACUCGCCAUGUCAUCACUAUUCUAAGAUUAAUUUACAUAGAGUAAAUAUUCAUACUUCUAACUCAUGUAAUCAUACCUACAAUUUGAUAUCUGUAUUAAUCGUAUACUUAGCAUUCAUUUCAUGAAUUUAUUUUCACACAAGUCAAGACAACCGUUACUUUACUACCCAAUGCAAUACUAUAAUGAUUAUUCUCUAUCAUAAUUAAGUAUCUUCAAUCAAUGUAACUGGCUUUAGAACCUUCUUAUUUAAUUUCUUACAAGCAUUUUUACGCCUUCUAUUCAGUACACCUCCAAUCUUUCUUCCACUGCUAAUAGUGCUGAGGUUCAUUCCAUGUUAGAUAACUAAAUUUUAUUUUCCCACACAUCGGGUUCACUUCAUACUUCGCAUUCACUGAGGAAGUUGUGACAAUCCCAAGAUAUCCUGACUAUUCGAGAGUAAAUGAAAAAUAUUACGUACACUAUUUUUGCCAGCCCUCCCUAGGAAUACUCUUAUAUCGAUAGUUGCCUAAUUCAGUUUCCUUUGACUCUUACGACACUCACGGCAGAUGAUCAGAGGGCAAGAUAAGUGAUAACAUACAAAUUUAUGAAAUAAUUAGACAACAACGUAGACUAAUCAAGUCUAGUAAUCUUAGAUUUUAUUAGAUUUAAAAAUAAAAAACGAAAAAAAAUUAGCAAUAUGAUGAUUAUAGACCAAUCACGUAGGGUAUUUAUUAAAAUGUAUUCUACGCAUGAAUCUACUAGUAUUUUUUAGUUUGGUAGGAACAAUUUUUAAAAGCAAGGCAAGAAAUUAAGCUUGGGAUGGUCAUAAUAAAUGGGCAACCUCCUUCAAGUCCUUACCGUGAGGUAAACGGUGAGCUCUGUCUAUUGAAGUUGGAAUACAAUUGAUUGAACUAUGAUGAUGAUCAUGAGCCAUCACUCCGCUUUGUCCCGUUAUUUCAGUGCAAUAAAUACAUCUUACGCCCCAGUUAUUUUUUUCAUAAGCGUUCUUUAAAACAUCGUAUAAUACGUUUGAAUGUAUAUAAUAUUAUAUUUAUGAAAUUAUAGUAAGCCGAACCCUAAGGUAUAAAUGGUAUUGUUAAUUGCAAAAAAAGGCUUUAAAUUAAUAUGUUAUUAUAAUUGAUACUGUG